AUGAGUGAAGGGGGAGAUUUUGAUCCUGUUAAAAUGUUGAAUACAUUUUUUGGUUCACAUGACAGGAUCAAGUAUUUUCCGUUUGUGUACAUACCAGAAUCUUAUAUAAUCGAGUUAUGCAAUAGAAUUCAGCCGAUUUUACUGGAAGAACCAUCAAUUAUAAAUUUAGAACUUCCAAUUAACGUAUGCGGUGAUACUCACGGUCAAUUUACCGAUGUUUUAAGAAUAUUUGAUAAUCUUGGAAUGCCAGGAGAGAAGCAAUAUCUAUUUCUAGGCGAUUACGUUGAUCGAGGAUCUCAAUCAGUUGAAAAUAUUAUCUUUUUGCUUACUCUUAAGUAUGUUUAUCCUAAAAAAUUCUGGUUAAUCCGAGGAAAUCACGAAACAGAAGAAAUUUCAACAGUUUACGGAUUCAGAGAUGAAGUAGUUAGAAGAUACAACUUUGCCUUAUACGCAAAAUUACUCAGAGUGUUUGAUGCGUUACCAUUUUGUGCCAUCAUCGCAAACCAGAUCUUUUGUGUCCAUGGUGGUAUACCAGAUGCCAACACUUCUCUCGAUGAUAUUAAGAAUGUUAAGCGUCCAACUGAAGUCACAGACACAUCUCCUGUUAUUGAUAUAUUAUGGUCAGAUCCAGGACCAGAGACAGAUGGAUUCAGACCUUCUCCACGUGGUGUUUCAUUUAUAUUCGGCGGAGAAGAAGCAAAGAAGUUUAUGAAGAAAAAUAACUUUUCAAUCAUCUUGAGAAGUCAUGAAUUCUGUCCAGAAGGAACUGCUUUCCCAUUUGGCCAAAAAGGUGGCUUUAUUACAGUGUUUUCUGCUUCAAAUUAUUGUAGAACAAUGAACUCAAGCGCUGCCCUUUCUAUCAAUGAAAAAAUGUGUCUUAGAUUCUGCGUUUUCACACCCGAAUCAAACGAAAAACAAGGAGUUCUUCAACAAUGUAGAUGUUAA